AUGCCAAAAAUAUGGGAUUUACAUUGCCGGCGACCGCUUCACACGUGUUGGAAGUACCAGCGAGCGGUUUUCGCGGCAAUCUUACUGGCUUUCAUUAUAGCAACCAUCUAUUUAAUUCAAAUAAGUGCAUAUUACCAUCAGCUAGAGUUAGACGCAGUGUGGGACGGACAAGUCGAAGACUUCAUCUACCCUGACAACGUGACCUUUGUUGUCCCCAACAUCGUUCACAUCAUCAGACUCGGCGACACGCCAGUGCUGUUCGUGGAAGCCGUCUGCAUGAGAGCCGCCUGGCUUCAGCAACGACCAGAGGCCUUCAUGAUACACUGCGACGUGUGCAGCGCCACCAUCAACAGCCCUCUGUGGUACCUGAUCAAAGACAUCCCCGGUCUUUCACUCCACCGUAUCCAAAGACCAAGGAAGAUCUUCGGUGUGGAGUUCAGUUAUGUACAGCAUGCGUCGGACGUGCUACGGGCUCUCGUGCUUAUGAAAUACGGAGGCAUCUAUCUAGACAGCGAUUCGUACCUGGUAAAGAGCCUGGAUGCCUACCGUCAGUUCGAACUUUCCAUGGGGUGGUAUCCUGGGGAGUACGUUGGCAACCAGAUUAUCGUGGCGCACAAGGACGCUCGGUACUUGAGACUCUGGUACGAGUCUUACCACCUUUACCGUCCUGAACUGUGGUACUGGAACGGCGGACAACUGCCAACGAAAAAGUUUCUGACCGUGAGGCCGGACCUUGUGAAGAGGGUUCCGUACGACUUUGGCGUGACUGAAGACGUCGGGAAUAUGCUCUAUGGCCAAUGCAAUGACGAGUGGAGAAAGUUCUCUGCUUUCCAUCUGUUUUGGCGGCAUAGGGCCCGGUUAGUGCCGUCGGACAAUGAACGGUACGGACCGUUGACUCUAGAUACCACACCAAACUACGACAGGAACUUUGGCCAGAUGGCGCGUCUGGUGCUCUCGGGCACCACCAGACUUGGCGCGAAAGAGAUCAAAAGCGUGGAUUGGUUGUCCAAGAAUCCUCUGACAUACUCGAAGCACGGGUGCUCCUGA